UGCCUGCCUAGCGAGCGGUCCUGCAUUACAUCACCACCUCCGUAGCCCAUUCGCUGAAGGCCGGUCCCUCGGUCUCUCUCGGUCUCUCUCUCUCGGCCGCCUCCCGCCUGCCCUUUCUCCCCAGCCUGCAGGGCUCGAGCCGGGCUUCCUCCUCGGGCGUGCCCGCUUCGGGGGCGAGAGAGAGAGGGGGGCAGGGAGCGCGGGGCGCCUGGAGCAUCCUUGAUGCGCCUUGGCCUCGGCUGGGCUGCAAGGGAGGAGCGAGGAUGGCGGAGAGCGAGUGCGAGACCCCCAGCACGCCCGGGGAGUUUGAGAGCAAAUACUUCGAGUACAAUGGGGUGCGCCUGCCCCCUUUCUGCAGGGGGAAGAUGGAAGAAAUCGCCAAUUUCCCCGUCAGGGACAAUGAUGUCUGGAUUGUUACCUAUCCCAAAUCAGGCACCAGCUUAUUGCAGGAAGUGGUGUAUUUGGUGAGCCAGGGAGCCGAUCCUGAUGAAAUUGGGUUAAUGAACAUAGAUGAGCAGCUUCCAGUGCUAGAGUAUCCUCAGCCUGGACUGGACAUUAUCAAGGAGCUUACAUCUCCCCGCCUCAUCAAAAGCCACCUGCCGUAUCGUUUUUUGCCUUCAGACCUACACAGUGGUGAGUCCAAGGUAAUCUACAUGGCUCGCAACCCCAAAGACCUGGUAGUGUCUUAUUACCAGUUUCACCGCUCCCUACGAACCAUGAGCUACAGAGGAACAUUUCAAGAGUUCUGUCGGAGAUUCAUGAAUGAAAAGUUAGGAUACGGUUCAUGGUUUGAACAUGUGCAGGAGUUUUGGCAACAUCACAUGGACUCCAAUGUUCUCUUUCUCAAGUAUGAAGAUAUGCACAAGGAUCUGGCAACUAUGGUCGAACAGCUGGCGAGGUUCCUGGGCGUCUCUUACGACAAAGCACAGCUGGAGUCCAUGGUGGAACAUUGUCACCAGCUCAUUGACCAGUGCUGCAAUGCAGAAGCCCUUCCUGUGGGCAGGGGACGUGUUGGGCUGUGGAAAGACAUCUUCACUGUCUCCAUGAAUGAGAAGUUUGAUUUGGUUUACAAACAGAAAAUGGGAAAGUGUGACCUCACAUUUGACUUUUAUUUAUAAAGCAUAAAGCAAAAGUGCAUGAUUCUGAUAUCGGGAUCCCAGCUAGAAGUGCUUUCUGCAUUCAUUUAUUACUUGCUGGACACAACACUAUACCUGUUGCACAUAUCAAUACUUAAAAAAAAAAAAGGCACCGUGCAUUGGGAAGUGAAGGUAAGAAGAGCCCUGCAAGAUUGUGUCAGUGCUCCACCUAGUUCAGUGUUUGCUUUUCAGGUGUGGCCCUGGGCUGACCCCCCUGGCUUACACACGCAUAAAGGCACAACAAGCUUUCUUGGUUUGUGGGCAUCACCUGCUCACUGCCCUUCAUUCCAUAAGUUAAUGAUGCAUUGUAUGAAGAAAUAACACCCACCCCAUUGCUUCUUCUGAACCUCUUGCCCUUCUUUCUCUUUGGACAUGAGAGGGGGAAAAUGAGCUUCUUUUUUGUCUUGGCACCAUUCACAGCUGUAAAAUUAUUUUUACUUGCUCAUUACUUUAUCUCGCCCAGGGCAACCCAGAGCAGCUUGCAACCAAACAGGCAAUAGAGACAUUAAAGCAAGACCAAAACCUUUGCCAAGCCCCAACCUGGAACUGGCCACGUGCGCUUUACUUGGAAGUAAGGCCCAAUUUGUUCAAUCAGAUUCUUACUCCCAGGUAAGAUGGGGAUAGGACUGCACUUGGGGGGGGGGUGCUUAUUCAGAAGUAAGUUUGUUUCCUUAAAGCACUUUUGCCCCCAAAUUCAACAAAAGACUCCCAGAGCUGCUUAAACAGAUCAGCAGUGAGGCACUGCGCUGAUAUUACCUGAGGGAAUCAGCAUUCAGAAAAGGAUCAUGGAGCUCACUUCAGCCCAUUCUGGAAAGCUCUAUGCACUUCUUUGCACAACUGAUUUGUGAAAUGAUGGAUUUAAGAACAACAAAGUAUCUGCCCCUUAGGUUUAUAAUCCAGAAGGCAAGGAAAGGGAAUUGAGAGGGAGGUUAUCCGAGUCAAAGGUGGCACAUUCAUGAGCAUGGUGCCUUACUUGUAUUUUUCCCCUAAAUUAAGAAGCGGAGCCAGCCCUACUAUUAGGCAAAGUGAAGUGACUACCUUAGGUGGUAGGUGCUGGAGGGGCAGGCAGUAGCUCUUAAGUCCCCCAGCCAUUCCGCUGCGUUGGAGGGCAGAGCUGUACACAGCAUGUCUUGACCCCUGAACUAGCUUGCUGGUUUAGGUGUGAGCAUGGAGGAUGCUGCCCCGUCACCACGACUGGAUUAAUAAUUAACUGCCUUUCUGAAUUGGCUUCUGUAAGUGGCAGGGGCACCAUCUUGCCCUUCACCUCAGGCAGCAAAAUGCCAUAGGUCAGUCCUGCUAAAAAGCCCCCAACCCAUUUCCUUGGAGGGAAGAUGGCUGCACAGUUGCCACUCUCGUUCAUGUCGCUAGGGCUCCUUCAGAAGAACUUCCCGGUGCAUUGUUCCUAAACAGAGUCAACACAAAUAAGAGAAAACGUCCUUCCUCUGUAAAUGAAAGCAUUCUAAAAAAAAAGAGAUAAAUGCCAGGAAUACCCGACUGCUAUGGAACACAUUCUACACAUGUAAAGUAUGUAGUAUAUACACAGUUUAGGGAUGUAUACCUUUUCAGAGUCAUUGUGUAUUUAAAAUACUUUAUGGAAGCUUUUCCAUGGAAACCUCAAAUAAUUUCAGUGAACCAGAGACAAGUUUGUUUCAAAGGAAAAUGGGUUACAGGCUGAAAUGAUGUGCUAAAUGUUACCUUAGCGUGUGCGUGUCAAGCACUCAGCGUUACUUUCAUAACUAAGAUAAGGAGGACAACGUGUGAUGGUUAAGUGCAGGCUCUUCCUUUUUUGUCUCUCAUCAGCUUUCUACCCCUUCCCGCUCUUGCUCUUUUGAGUGCUGGGGAAACAGGGUUCCCCUCCAACAGAGGUUCUGGCAAUUGGAAAAGUCCAAGCAACCGUUUAGUAGCAACUUCUCAAUUUGUGAUCAGAAAGGCUCUACAGGGCUGUUGUGUAUGAGGCAGUGAGCACUUUUCCAUUAUGGGCUAUUACAAAUUUGGAGGAGAAGAUAUUUUCCAGUUGCUUGCAGAAAACAGUGGUGAUGGCAAAGAUAUUGGGGGUUCUGUCUGACAAAUUGUCUCACAAUAAGGACAGUGUUUCCCACACUUUUACACCUUGUGCCUCAAAUUCAGAUCCCCAGAUGCCUCCGCUAACCAAACACCAGUUAUCUGCUUGAUGGUUGAGCUGAGAGGAAUAAUUGCAGCUGUGUUUGCAGCUGUAUCAUGGAAGGAUAUCUGUACUGAGGUAGGAUACUGGAAGUUUUGUGUGGGGGUGAGCUAAAUCAUUUCCCCUUCCCCACACCUUGUUGCCAGAUUCCAGCUCCCCUCAGACAUCCACCCACCAAGUGCGGCUUGGAAGGGGAAACAAGGCUGAGUAGGGAUGGUACUGAAGAAGGUUAUCCACUUGCCUUCAUGGUCUGGCCGGGAAUCGUAACAAAUCUGAAUGUUAGAAAAAGAAGAAGAAAAUUUCCUGCAGUCAUCAGAGCCUGGACUAUGAUUUGAAAGUCUCUAUUGAAACUGGACCAGAACAGAAUCUGAGCAAAUAUUUAGAUUAACGUAGCUCUCACUAAGGUAGCAGACCUGUACCUAGGUGAUGUGACUUGUGAGGCUGCAGGAGAGAUUGCCUCUGACUGAGUGCUCAUCCAUCCAUCCAUCCAUCCAUCCAUGAAGCAUAUGCAUGCAUCAUGUGCUGCCUGUCAGGAAGAAGGGUAUACUAGAUCCCUUCUCCCAGAUACUGUACAAAAUUUUCUCUCUGGGGUUUUUUUUGUUUUUGUUUUGUUAAUAUAAGGAGAAGCGUUAUCUCACAUGAGCCCCCACCUGCAGUCUGAAGUGCAACAAUCCAGAAACAGAUUUACCACCACAGUGGGAACUAGGCCCAAAUUAUAUCUCAUUAGACCAGUUAACUAGCCCUGCUCCACUGUAGCAUAAAUAACUUAUUGUAACCCAUAAAAACUCCUGUAAAGGGAGGCCCAUAAUACAAUCACACUUCCAUUUUCCUACAUGAACCAGAAUGGAGCAGGCUCUGAAGUUGUGCUGCCCCACCUACCUAACCCUGAUUGGCAUGAACUUGAGUGAAACCAGAACAACUUCUGGUACAGAUGAGCCUGAACUGAAACGGAAACAAGACUUUAACAGUAGGGCUCACUGGUACUUAUGUACUCCACUCCCACCUUGCAUUCAGGCCCACCCCGUAAAUUGAGAAUCUAAUUAAGAUUGGAAAUUCUGUGAACCGCCCUGAGACCUCCGGGUAUAGGGCGGUAUAUAAAUUCAAUAAAUAAAUAAAAUAAAAUGUCAAACACUCAUUCAUCAGUUAUGACUAGGUCUGCCAGCUGACCAGAAAGAAUGGGAAAAUCUGUUCUUGAUCUGCUAGUGAAUCCUCUUGAGAAGUUAAUUUCUGCAGAUACAGUGGACAUUUGAGAAUUCGGCAUCCCUGAGCUACAAUUCUGGCCUUCUGAAACCAUCUUUCAGUGCAGCCAAUACAGCUCCCAUCAGCAACGUGUGGUGGUGAAGCAAUGUUUAGCGGGUGCGGUAUCUCUUCAUAGUGCCCAUGCGAAUAAAGACUGCGUAUGUAUGAUAUAGCAGGCAUACUCUAAUACAUAAGCACAGUAUAGCAGUUUCUAGUAAACAUCACGUCUCUGAUGGACGUGGAAAACAAACUAAGAGCGUGCAGUUGAAAACUGAAAAGAGCAGCCACACACAAGAUGAGAAUGAAAGCCAAGAUGUGUGCUUACUAUCUAUAAAUUUACGUAUACCUAUUCAGAAAGAGUUAUGUAUAUAGCCUGCGGUUUGCUUGUUAAUAUAAGAAUCAAUUAUCUUUCAUUUUUCUGAUUUAAUAAAGGGAUGCUAGACCACAAUCCAGAGAACCAUCUUGCCUCUUUAACAACCUAGUGGUCAUGGACCGUGAUACAACCCAAAGUUCCUUCUACAGCAUCCCAGUUCCAGUUUUGUUGCCCACCCUCUUCUCCCACAAAGGGCCUGUCCGCACCAGAACAGAAUGUGGGCCCCAUCCUAGUGUUUGCCAGGCCUUUCCCUUUCACAUGCGGGGGUUUUCAGUCCUGUUUGUUUUAGCCUUGCCAAUGUUUUUGGGGUUUUUUAACACACACACACUUAGGUGGUGGGGAGUCCAGGCCAGCACUGGGAUGGGGGGGGGCAUCAUGUGGAUGCCCUUACCUUAAUGGGGAGACAGUCCAGUGCAAAUCCACAUUUUCCUCUGUGUGGAUGAUCCCUCUCUGUGGAGCAGUGCAGAAGUCCUACUUGCUCCAAGAAAUGGGAGGAGAAAGGGUUGGUAGAUAAGAUUGCAGCCUGGAGAUCCACACUGUAGUAAAUUUACAGAUGAAGCGGAGAAUUUGGCAGGUACAUAUCCUGCUGCCAUUUCUGCAAUUGCACACCCACUCUGGGACUGUGUGAUAUUCCUAUUUAUUACAGGUGUGGGAGUGGGCACACGGAAGGAACAGGUGGCCUCACUUCAUCCGUAUGAACACCCUGGUUACAAACCUGGCAAUUUUGGCAAAUGAUGGGGCUGAGAGAGCACAGAAAGCCAGCUUUGGGGUUGUUAAAAGAGAGGGGGCUGUUCUUCAGGUUGUCCCUGGCAGCCCUCCUUUAGGAUGGCUCCUUGAAAUCUCUAAAGACGGACAAGCGUCAGUUAUCAUUUCCAUAGGGUAGAGGGAGGCAGUUGUCUAUCAGUGAAGGUGUUGGCAAAUGGCGUCAAAAAUUUUGUGGCUUGACAGCACUCCUUGUAUAUUUGUGAGUGAAACGGCUUUUGGUAAACUUUAUUUUUAUAUUUUUAGUACUGUUGAGAAUAUUUAAGCACUACACAUUAUACUUUGUGCUUGCUUGCUUAUUAAAUAAAGACAUGUUCCGUGUA